UAUUGCUUUAUAUUGAUAAAUUUAACUUUUCUUGUUAUUUGUGUAGUCACCCAUUUGUAACUUGUGGUGUUUGAUUCUUGCAUGGGUCCUCAGAGUGACCGUUACUGUUCGGUUUUAUCCUUAUCUCAUUUCUCAGCUGGAACACCUCUGAGUGCAGAUAACCUCAGAGGUGACCAGGGUGUGUCCCUGUCCUCUUCCAUCUAUAAAACCUCCUAUUCUCGUGCUGAAACUCCACAUUCAAACUUAAUCGUCAGACAAGAUGAGUCUCUCUGCAAAGGACAAGGCAACAGUGAAGACCUUCUGGGCCAAGAUCUCUUCCAGUGGCGAGGAAAUCGGCACAGAUGCUCUGUCCAGGAUGCUGGUGGUUUACCCACAGACCAAGACCUACUUCUCCCACUGGAAGGACCUGAGCCCCGGCUCGGCCCCGGUGGUGAAGCACGGGGCCACGGUGAUGGCUGGAGUUGGUGACGCUGUAGCCAAAAUCGACGAUCUGACAUCAGGGCUCCUUAGCCUCAGUGAGCUGCAUGCCUUCACUCUGAGAGUGGACCCCUCCAACUUCAAGAUUCUCUCCCACAACAUCCUUGUGGUUUUGGCCAUUAUGUUCCCCACCGACUUCACUCCUGAGGUCCAUGUGGCCAUGGACAAGUUCCUGGCUGCUGUGGCCCGUGCACUGUCCGAGAAGUACAGAUGAACAGCAAAUAAAGCAGGAAGCGACGGACAACA